AUGCCUUCUCAGUCAUGUAUCAAUAUUCACGCCAACGCCUUCGAAGCCGAACUGGGACUUGCUCAGCUUCUCAAGCAAAACCUGCAGCUCUUUGGUAAUGCGGUGGCAAUUGAGAGUAAUGAAUUCCAUAUAACCUUCAACGAGCUACACCGCAAAGCCUUGAAUCUAAUGCAAAGGAUUCAUGAUCAUCAAAUUCAAACGGAGGAACCAAUUGGCAUCUUAGCCCCUCGUGGAAUCAACCACAUUUUGUCCCAAGCUGCGGUUGUGUAUGCAGGAGGCUCGUGCGUUACCUUGGAUGUUGACCAUACGGACCAACACAUUACCAGUCUCUUGCGCAAUCUCAAUGCGUCCAUAAUCUUGACCGAUCUUGAUAAUUCUCACCGUCUUCAUGAUUUUCAACAUAUUGUUGUAGAUCAUUCUGCCAAUGAGAAGAAUGUAGAAUCGGAAAAUGCCCAGGUUUCUGAGAAUGGUAUUAUGAGUCGUUCUCACAUCUUCCACACCUCUGGGUCAACAGGCAAGCCGAAGGCAGUGCAAGUCUUAGCCAUGGGAGUUAUCAACCUAGUUUUCAAUCAAUUUGCGCCGGUACGGAAAGGUCACCGAUUAGGCCAUGUAUGCAACAUCAGUUUUGAUGUUUCUUUAUGGGAGAUCUGGUCUGCUCUUCUUCAUGGUGCAACAAUUGUGGUUUUUGAUAAGACAGUCGUGCUGGAUCCUGUGUUAUUCUCAUGGAGGCUUCAAAAAGACCAGAUCGAUGUGAUGUGGCAGACAACAUCUCUACUGGCAACAGUUGCACAUGCAUUCCCUCAAGCCUACUCAAGCCUCGAUACACUUUUGACCGGCGGCGAGGCCAUCAACAUUCAAACCAUUAGAAUUAUCUUUGAGAAUGGGCCACCAAAACGGCUUUUCAAUGUCUAUGGGCCAACUGAGUUAUCGGUAUUCACAACCUACCAUCUGGUCUCUCCUGCGGAGCUAGAGAAGGGCAAUAUACCGAUUGGAAGGCCACUCAGCAAUCUCCAAUCUUUUGUCGUGGAUGAAAAUCUCCAAACCGUUCCCCAAGGCGAAGUCGGUGAGCUGCUAGUAGGAGGCGCAGGCGUUGCAGCUGGUUACUUUGCCAACCCAGAAAAGACCUCAUUAGUCUUUGUUAAUGCGCCUCAUCUGGCGAUAACUUGCCAAGCGAGCACUGGCCUUUUCUAUCGAACAGGAGAUCUCGUGAGAAUCAAUGAAACUGGUCUAAUCGAAUAUGUCGGUCGUUCGGAUAAUGAGGUCAAGAUCCGUGGCCAGAGAGUUGAAUUAGAAUCGAUUGAAUCCUCUCUUCUUCAAACUAAACUGGUGUCUGCCACUGCAGCCCUCAAGGUGGAACCCGAGGAACUUCAAAGCGGGUCGAUCUUGCUUGCAUAUGUCAUACCUGUAUCCCCAGAUGUCGAUAUCCAGUCCAUUUUGCAAGUCUACCGCGAGCUCGCCCCAAACCUCAUGGUUCCCCGUCUGGAGUUGGUGGAAUCCUUUGCCCUCACUGGCAGCGGUAAAAUCGACCGAAAGAGGCUCGCCAGAGAGUAUAUUGAUCGACUCGAAUCUUUGAGGCUAUCACGAAAAAAUAAGAACGGAACGGAACGCAAGACUGAAGCUCACUUGAAGGAAAUAUGGCUUGAUAUCUUAGGACUUGAUGAAAAUGCCCUCAAAAACACCGAUGAUUUCUUCGCAAUAGGAGGUACAUCAUUACAGGCGAUUACUCUGGCGAGCUGGAUUCAGAAGACUUUGAACGUUCAAAUUCGGGUAGCUACCUUAUUCGAAUAUCCAACGCUGAAAGGCAUGAGCGAUCUUGUAGACAAGAUUCGUAAUGGCGUCCCAUCUGAUACCACGGCAGAAAGGGCCUCGUGGCUUAGAGACUCCCAACUCGGUAAAGACCUUGAACCAAUUGGUGAUUGCAUUCCAGAUUGGCAAUGUGAAUGUGAAGGGCGAGUGUUUAUGACGGGCUCGACAGGUUUUAUAGGCGCUUUCCUUCUUGUAGAACUUCUUUCAAUGCCACAAAUAAACACAGUUACAUGCUUGGUCCGAGCAAAAGACCAAGAGACUGCACUUCACCGUAUCAGAAGUACUUUGAAAAAGUACAAGCUAGAUAUCAAUGACGAAGCAGAAGCAAAGAUCCUUGCUCUCCCAGGCGAUGUGUCUCAACCAGACCUCGGCCUGGGGUGGCAGCGAUAUGACGAUUUCGCCAUAUGGGCAAGUGUUGUAUUUCAUCUGGCUGCUCAGGUCAGCUAUGUGCAACCUUAUUCAACUCAUCGGGCAUCCAAUGUGUUGGGCACACUUAACGUGAUUCGCUUUGCCAACUCUGGGCGAAUCAAAGGGCUGCAUUACGCAUCCAGCAUCAGUGCGUAUGGCCCAACAGGUAUUGUGACGGGUGCAAAUUACAUUCCUGAGAAUGAGAAACCGGUCGCCCACUCAGCUGCUCUGUCUUACGAUACUGGGUACGCUCAGAGCCAAUUUGCUGCAGAAGGAAUUGCCUGGAAUGCAAUUGAGAAGGGUAUACCACUUACAAUUUACCGUCCAGGGUUUGUCCUAGGACACUCCAAAACUGGUAUGCUUAACCCAGAUGACUUUUUUGGCAGAAUUGUCAGAAGUUGUAUGGACAUGGGAAUCUAUCCUGUACUUCCUCGUCAACGUGAAGACUUCGUCCCGGUGGAUUUUGUUGUUCGUGCACUCUUGCAUGUCGCGUCCGAUCGUGGAAGUCAUGGUCAUGCAUAUAAUCUUGUGAAUCCCAGCCCUGCACCACCAAUCGAUCUAAACUCAACAUUUGAGAUGAUCAAUAGCCUACUUCAAAAAUCAGUUAUGCGAGGAGUUCCUUACUCGGACUGGCUUUCACAAGCAAACCAUGAUCGACUACAACCUCUGAUACCUAUGUUAGAAGAGAAAGUACUAGAUAACAGGUCACGGUGGGAGAUGCAGCAGGAUAUGCCUGAGUUUGGUACUAGGAAUCUCAGUCGCGCACUCUGCACUGUCCCUGAUUUGCUGGAAUGCCCACCAGUUCCAUCGCUUUUCGCUGCUUAUCUUCCUCAUUGGAUCCAAGAAGCUCAACUUUAA